CCCGGUAGUUGCUCCCAGGAUCGGUGGCACCUCGGCCUUGGGGUCCUCGGUCGGGGCCAGAGACCCGGCACCGCGAGAGCGGCUUCCCCGCGACUGAGGGACGCGGACCGGACCGGACCCGAACCACCGAACGUCGUCGCCCAUGGCGGCCCUCGGCCCCGGCAGCCAGAACGUCACCGAGUAUGUCGUUCGCGUUCCCAAAAACACAACUAAAAAAUACAACAUCAUGGCCUUCAAUGCAGCGGAUAAAGUCAACUUCGCUACCUGGAAUCAGGCCCGGCUGGAGCGAGACCUGAGCAACAAGAAGAUUUACCAGGAGGAGGAGAUGCCCGAGUCUGGUGCGGGCAGCGAGUUCAACCGCAAGCUUCGCGAGGAGGCUCGGAGGAAGAAGUACGGCAUCGUCCUCAAGGAGUUCCGGCCCGAGGACCAGCCCUGGCUGCUUCGCGUCAACGGCAAGUCGGGCAGAAAGUUCAAGGGCAUCAAGAAGGGAGGUGUGACAGAGAACACAUCCUACUAUAUCUUCACCCAGUGCCCCGAUGGGGCCUUUGAGGCCUUCCCUGUGCACAACUGGUAUAACUUCACGCCGCUGGCCCGGCAUCGCACGCUCACUGCCGAGGAGGCCGAGGAGGAGUGGGAAAGGAGAAACAAAGUCCUGAACCACUUCAGCAUCAUGCAGCAACGGCGGCUCAAGGAUCAGGACCAGGAUGAGGAAGACGAGGAGAAGGAGAAACGCAGCCGCAAGAAGGCCAGUGAGCUGCGCAUCCAUGACCUGGAGGAUGACCUGGAGAUGUCGUCUGACGACAGCGAGGCCAGCGGCGAGGAGGGUGGCAGAGCUCCCAAGGCCAAGAAGAAGGCACCGCCGGCCAAGGGAGGCAGGAAGAAGAAGAAGAAGAAGGGGUCCGAUGACGAGGCCUUCGAAGACAGUGACGAUGGGGACUUUGAGGGCCAGGAAGUGGACUACAUGUCCGACGGCUCAAGCAGCUCCCAGGAUGAGCUGGAGGGCAAGCCCAAGGUCACCCAGCAGGAGGAGGGCCCCAAGGGCGUAGAUGAACAGAGUGAGAGCAGCGAGGAGAGUGAGGAGGAGAAGCCGCCCGAGGAGGACAAGGAGGAGGAGGAGGAGAAGAAGGCGCCCACGCCUCAGGAGAAGAAGCGCAGGAAAGACAGCAGCGACGAGUCGGACAGCUCAGAGGAGAGCGACAUCGACAGCGAGGCGUCCUCGGCCCUCUUCAUGGCGAAGAAGAAGACGCCCCCCAAGAGGGAGCGGAGGCCGUCGGGAGGCAGCUCUCGGGGCAACAGCCGGCCAGGCACGCCCACCUGCGACGGUGGAUGCUCAGCGAGCACAGCUGGCCGAGGGCUAAGAGGAGCAAGCUCUAAGGGGCAGGGAAAGUUCCAGAAGGAAGGGCCCGAGGGACAGACAGAGGGAGAGACAUGA